AUGAAGUUCAUCUACGCUGCUCUGACCGCCGCCGUGGCUGGUCUCGCCUCGGCCCAGACCCUCAACAUCCCCACCCGCUCUGGAAGCAUCAUUUCUCUUUCCGAGCCCAGCGUCAUCUCGGGCUCCAAGGACUAUGGAAACCAGGAGUUCGACCGUGGCCGGGAGUGCGAUACCGACGCUGACACCGGUAGCGACAGCGCCGUCUUCAUUUUGAAGAACGGCGCCAGCAUCUCCAACGUCAUCAUCGGCAAGAACCAGCUUGAGGGAAUCCACUGCGAGGGUGCUUGCACGCUGACCAACGUUUGGUUCCGUGACGUCUGCGAGGACGCCGUCUCCGCCCUCGGCACCGGCAACGUCCUGAUCCAGGGCGGUGGCGCGCAGGAGGCCAAGGACAAGGUCGUCCAGCACAACGGCCGCGGCACCGUCACCAUCAAGAACUUCACCGUCGUCAACGCCGGCAAGCUGUACCGUAGCUGCGGCGACUGCACCAACAACGGUGGUCCUCGCAACGUCGUCGUCGACGGUGUCCGCGCCAACGGCUUGACCUCUGACCUCGUCGGCAUCAACUCCAACUACGGCGAUACGGCUACCAUCACCAACUCUUGCGGCAAGACCAAGAAGGUUUGCCAGGAGUACAAGGGCGUCACCAAGGGCAGCGGCAGCAGCGAGAAGGUUAGCACCACUGCCAACUGCAAGGGUGCUCAGGGCCUGCUUUCUUCUCUUCCCUCCUGCUAG